CCGAUCAUCACCACCACCACCGAAUCGUCUCAGCCUCACCCGCCCGCACACUGCACCACACACACAAAAAAGCUUCUGCUUCGCACGUAACGAAACGAGCCCGCACGCUACAAACAGACAGACCCGUACUUACACUUACCUGUUCUCUAUCUCAACUCUACCAACUUCGCUCCUCGCUGUCUCCGCCUGCGAUCGACCGAAAACAAAACCAACUUACAACCACAAUGUCGUCCUCUCAUUUUGUCACCUCCUUCUCCUCCGCCGCUGCCGGAAAGGAUACUGGGAACAGUAAUCACCAUGCAGCGAAUUCGUCCGGUGGAAGUGGAAAUAGUGGUGGAGGUGGUGGAGGUGGGGUUGCUGGCUCUGGGUCCGGGGAUUGGUCUCGCCGUGUCAAUGGAGCCGUUAGCAACUCUACUACUCGUCGCCCCUCUCUCUCGACCACUCUCACUCACAACAAUAACGCCGCUUCGACUGUCCCUUUAACGUCGGCGGCUUCCAACGUCUAUCACCCUCCACACCAUUACAACCGCCAGGCGGUGGCGGCACCCGGUACAUACGGCAAAGACGAGCUCCUCAGCCUAUUUAGGGUGCAGGAGAGCGGCGGGUCUAUGGGUAGUAAGUUGGCGGACUUGGUGGAUACCGAUUUCGGUGGCUCGGCAACUGCCUCUGGUGGGUGGGGUAGGAGCGGGGAUGAAGCCACUAAUGGUGUCGAUAUGUGCUGGGAGAAGGAUGGCGGUUUGAAACCGGUUUCUCUCGAGGACAUGACGGAGGAAGAACGAGAGUUCUUUGCCGCCAAUGUCAACUCCGCUCUCAAAGUACCGAACAACAAUAACAACAUCAACCCCAACACUACUCAAGGCAUCCCCAAUAAUCACGGCACUCCACCGCCGAACCGCAAUAAGGCACCGGGUGUUGGAGUAACUCCUGGCAGCAGUCGUCCCACGACUCGUCGCCGCGACACUUCGGACGCAGGCCUGAGUGGUAAUCCUUUCACGAACGCGACUCCGCCGCAGAUUGCCAGACGUCGCACCGACUUGCGCGGUGAAGGCGAUGAGGUCGGUAGUCCCGUCCGAGAUCGCACCUUCUUCGGUCGUUGGGGCACGAAUCCCGGUCCCGGUGAAGACGAGAUGGAGAAAAAAGACGACGGAUCCGUCGGCGGUAGUGUGGGUCGGAACACUGGGCUGUUUAGACGGGGAAGUGGGGCCGCAUGGGGCAGUACGGGCUCUGGCAGUGCUCUCAACUCUCCCAUGGGUACUUUCGGCGGCGCUUUUGGUGGUGGCCCGAUGGGUGGCUUUGCCCUCCAAUCUGGUGACAAGCCCAAGGGUGCUCAGAAAGGUGCUCCCGGUGGCUCUGCCCAUCCGAAGGUUGAAGAUGUGGACGAACGUGCCGAAGAGGAUGAUCAUCGUUCCCAGCAACCUCAUUCCGAAGGUACCGAUGAUGGAGACCGUGAGAGACCCAUGACCUCCGACACGGAUCCGUUUGGACACGGUGGCGCCUCUCGUGACGAACAACAACAGCAGCAGCACUCUCACGACGACCGAAAUUCGCCACUCCCGACUCCUGGGCUUCAGGACCAACAACGGAUGAAGGCCUCCCCAUUCGGUCCAGGUGCAGGCAUCAGCAUAUCGACGUCGGGCCAGCCAAGAAUCGGCAGUGCAAUCGGCACACCGACCAAACAGCGCAGUGAUUUGGGGGCCUUCGGUGCCUUCGGUGGAUCUCGCGAGGGCCUUGGUGGCAUGGGCACUCUGGGCAUGUCUGGGCUCCACCACCAGUUGCAGAAUCUGACUUUCAAUCAGCAAGGCCAGGUUCCGCUCAGGCGCUCCAGGGAGGGCAGCAUCGGCAACGCCUUAGCUGGCGACAACGAGCCGCUGAGCCCUGCGGAGACGAACCCGUUCCAGAGCCCGCCACCUGAGAAGGUGGACGAUGACGGGAUGUUGCACGACAACAGCGAUGGUGGGGGGUUGGGGAGUGUGAUUGCGGGGUUGAGGAAGGGGGAGAGUCAUGUGGGUGCACCGGGAAGCGAUAGGAGUGGUAGAAGCUCUACGGCAGGACUUGGCAGCGUUGGUGGUGGAGGUUUGGGUGGUUUUGGUGGAUUGUCUGGUCCUAGCCUCUGGGGAGGUGGACAGGCAUCCACUCCUGGAAUCGGUUCAUCUGGAACUCCAAAUUCUUUCUUUGGUGGGGGAUUGGGUGACUUGUCGAGCCCCGGUGGUCUCGCUGGCGGAGGCCUGUUGUCCGGUGGCAUCGGCGGGUUGGGCGGAUCGAGCCAUUUCGGAUCCGCGAGUAGAUCAAGCAGAUUGGGCCAGCUGUUUCCCGAGAAUCAGCACCAGGAUGAUGGUCAAGGUGGAUACGAUCAAGAUACAUUUGGUGGCGACUCGCGUUUCGUCGUAUUCGGUAGCCGCAACAGGGGAUUUGGAAGCAUUAACGACAGUCCUAUGAGGGAGCGUGGAGAUGUUGCCGACUUGUUCGGAUUCCCGUCCGCACGCAGUCUUUCUAACCUUGCCGGUACCGCUGCCAGUCAGGAGAAUCCCAUGUUUGCUCGCGACCGCGAUGACUCGGUGUCUGCACUCCAUCAAGCUCACCAGCAGCAGGAUUCGCCGCUUGGUGCUGGUGUCCAGACUCCCGGCGGACAGCCACUCCGUCCCCCUCCAGGAACCCUGCCGCCGCAGCCUCAACACGUCAUGAUCAUGCCGGAUAAGAUCCAGUGGGUUUACCGUGAUCCCUCCGGUGUCAUUCAGGGUCCCUUCAGUGGUCUUGAGAUGCACGAGUGGUACCGCGCUGGAUUCUUUACCCCCGAUCUUGCGGUCAAGAGACAAGAAGAUGGUGACUUCGAGCAACUGGGCACUCUUGUCCGGAAGAUUGGCAACACUCGGGAGCCGUUUUUGGUUCCUCUGCCAGGCAAUACUUCUGCUGGUAUGUCCACUAAUGCUGCUAACUGGUCUGGAUCGUGGCUCAACGAGAUGCCAGGUGCCCAACAACAGGCCCAGCAACAAGCGCAACAGGUGCAACAGCAACAGCAAGCCGUUCAGACGCCCGGAGGAGUUCAGCCGCCUUUCGCUGGAAGCUUCCCUACCUUCGGCACCACCUUGACCGCCGAACAGCAGAAUGCGCUUGAAAGACGCAAACAGGAGGAGCAAUAUCUCAUGGCUAAGCAGCGUGAAUUCCUUCUCCAGCAACAGAUGAUGGCCAAACAGGCUGCUGUUGCUCAGCAGUUGCAUCAUCAAAGCUCUACUCAGAGUCUCCACAGUCAGCCUAGCUUCGGGAGUCUGCACAGCCCCAGUGGUUUUGCUCCUACUGCAGCUCCUGCCGUGUCAGCUGCUACCAUCAUCGGUGGACAGAACAGUUUUGAGCCUGGUGCGCUUCUGAGACAAGCUGGUGCUGCCGCGGGUGGUGUCGGUGGUCAUGGUGUUGAUGCUCAACUUGCCUUCGCGCAACAGUUUGUGCAGCCUCAUCCGCCUCAGCAGGAUCAACAGUCCCUGUUGAUGCAGCAGCAGCAACAGCAACAGCAGAAGUUUGCCGAGCAGCAGCGUCAGCAGCUCCAGAAGAGCUACCAGAACCAGCAGUCUCAGCAUGCCGAGAAGCUUCAGCAGGCACAGGAACAGGCUCAGCAGGUUGCUGCCCAGAUUCAACAGUCGCACAUGGAGCCUCAAGAGGAGCAGUCAGCCGCUCACGAGCAGCACUCUUCUCCCUCCGUCCAUCAAGAGACUUUCUCCGAGGCCGAGGCUGCUCCUGUUCCUAAGGCGAAGACUCCGGUUCCUGAGCAACUCGCUGUCAAGAGCCAGACCCCCAAGGUGGCUUCGCAGAAGACCUCGCCUGUUUCCAAGCCAGCUCACCUCGCUUGGGGUGGACAGCAUGCGCACCAGCCCACUCCUCUUGUCCAGCCAUUCCCGCCGCCACCUGGCCGGGAACCGUCUCCCACUUCGACGAUGGCUCGCAGCCCGUCUGUCGAGACGCCGAGUGCUCCUUCAAUCGCGCCCUGGGCUAAAGAGAUAGAAACUCCUCUGAAGGGUCCGUCGCUUAAAGAGAUCCAGGAGCUCGAGGCUAAGCAGGCCGCCGUUCGUGAAGCCGCCGAGGCCGAGGCUCGCCGCCACGCCCUCUCUCAGCAGGUUUUCAGCCAGCCGCCUCCCCCUGCUCCCGGUCUUCCCAGCACCGCUACUUGGGCUACCUCCCCGUCGACUACCCCCGCCAGCGGCGGCAUGAGUGCUUGGAACAAGCCACUCGCCAAGGCCGCCCCGGUCAGCUCUGGACGCAAGACGCUCCAGCAGAUCCAAAAGGAGGAGGAGGCUCGCAAGGUCAAGGCUGCUGCUGCCGCCGCUUCUCAGGCUGCCUUGACUUCUACCGUUGUCGCGGCUGCCACUGGCAAACGCUAUGCCGACCUUGCGUCCAAGGCUGCUGUCGCACCCGCCCAGAACCCACCCAUUAACGCUGCGUGGACUACUGUUGGCCCCGGCGGGAAGUCGAAGAACCUUGGCGGAAUUCUCACCCCAACUACCCCAGCUACCACUGUCCAGCCGAUGAAGUUGAGUACUUCUUCCUUGGGAUUUGCGCCACCAGCUGCUGCCAAGAAGCCAACUCCGCCCGCUGCCCCCAGCAAGCCUGUGGCUACUUCUGCUCAGGAGGAGUUCAUGAAGUGGUGCCGUGCCAGCAUCAAGGGGCUGGGCGCUGGUGUUUCUCCCGACCAAGUCAUCGAAAUGGUGGUCAACUUUCCCAGCGACGCCGAGAUCAUCGCCGACACCAUUUACGCCGUGUCAACGACUAUGGACGGCCGCCGCUGGGCCGAGGAGUACAUCAAGCGUCGCAACGCGGCUGGCUCCGGCGUCGUCAUCGAGGCUGGUGCCGGCGGUAACUCGGCUGGCUCCGGCGGUGGCUGGAACGAGGUAGCCAAGUCUCGUCCUGCUGCACCUGCCGUGCCCGUUGCUGGUACCGUUCCGGAGAGUUCUGCGUCAUUCCGUGUUGUUGCGGGGAAGAAGAAGGGACGUCGUUAAAAGCUGGCUCGAAUGGGAUGAUUGGUUAGGUAGUAGUGCGAAUGCGAAUGAUUGGUUAGCGAAGUGAUUGUGAUUUGUGCGAGUGAGUGUAGACCUGUUUGUUACCUACUUGAUACGGGGUGCGAUAUCUGUCGUUUGUUGCGCGAAGAUGAGUGUCAUGUAGAGGGGGUGUUGUAGAGAGCUUUCUCGCCGGGCUGUGGCGGAUUUAUGCAUGCAAAUCAAGUCAUUUACAAACG